AUGAAAGGAGAGUGUCAUCCUUUGCUGAGAGGUGGAAGAAGAGGAGAAGGAAAACAGAAACACAAAUUAUCUUCAGCUGAGAUGGAAUCACUGGGAAGCAUAUGUGAGACUCUGUUGCCUCCUCUGCAGUUGGAACAUUUUCACACUCCCAAAAAUAACCCUAAAACGAAGGCUUUGCACUUCUUUUGGAAGGCUUCUGGAUCUCAAUUCUCUGUGCCUGACCAGAUUGCAGAGAUAUUGAUGAAAAGAGCUUUAAAAGAAGCAGUGAUACUGGUGAGAGUGAUUCUAUGGAUGCUGUCAACAAGGUUGGGUACUUUGUUGCUAUGUGGGUCCCUCUGUAUGAGUAACAAAUGGCCCUUCAUCAAUAGCUUCUCAAACAUUUCCUUAGACAACAGAGAAAAGGUUCUGCAGAAAUGGCUCAAGCAUCGGUUCCUCACACCGAUAAGACUUGCAUUCAUUUACGUCAAAGUCCUUUGCAACUUUGUUUUCUUCUCUCAGUGUGAUGACAAUGGUGAAAACCCAGCAUGGGAAGCUAUGGGAUAUCAUGUUGACAUUGAGGGGAACACAUGCAACGUUCACAAAGAGAGGCCUCUUGAAAAGGGAAUAGUGGAAGCUAUGAAAGAGAGUAAAUUGAGUCUGUCUCAGUCUCUUGCUCAGAAAGGCCUUGAGGUUUCUGUGGAUGAUAAGAACAACAUUCUCAAAAUCAAAUGUGAUGUAGUAAUUGUUGGGUCUGGUUGUGGUGGAGGAGUUGCAGCUGCUGUUCUUGCAAGUUCAGGCUUGAAGGUGCUUGUUCUUGAGAAGGGUAACUAUUAUACUCCAAGUGAUUAUUCUUCUCUAGAAGGGCCCUCUUUGAAUGAACUUUAUGAGUUAGGAGGAACUUUUGCAUCAUGGGAUGGGAAGAUGGCAAUUCUUGCAGGGUCAACAGUGGGUGGUGGUUCGGCUGUUAAUUGGGCAGCAUCUAUUAGAACACCAGAUUUUGUGCUCAAGGAAUGGGCAGAGAAUUACAAGCUAUCACUCUUUUCAAGCCGUGAAUAUCUUUCUGCCAUGGAUGUGGUGUGUCAAAGGAUUGGUGUAACAGAUAAAUGUGUAGAGGAAGGGCUCCAGAACCAAGUACUAAGAAAAGGUUGUAAGAAUCUUGGCCUGCAAGUUGAUUAUGUGCCAAGAAACUCAUCAGAACAUCAUUACUGUGGGUUUUGCAACUAUGGUUGUAGAAGAGGAGAAAAACAAGGAACUGAAGUCACAUGGCUUGUUGAUGCUGUGGAUCAUGGUGCAGUAAUACUAACAGGAUGCAAAGCUGAAAGGUUCAUAUUGGGAAAGAACAAGGGAAGAUGUGGAAGAAGAAAGAAAUGCUUAGGAGUGAUGGCAAAUGUUCUAACAAACAAUAUCACUAUGAAACUCCAAGUUGAGGCCAAUGUGACAGUUUCAGCAUGUGGGGCUCUUUCCACACCCCCUUUAAUGAUCUCAAGUGGAUUAAAGAACAAGAACAUUGGCAAGAACCUUCAUCUCCAUCCAGUGCUAAUGGCAUGGGGAUAUUUUCCAGACUCAAUUUCUGAUCUCAAGGGUAAAAACUAUGAGGGAGGAAUAAUCACUUCUGUCCACAAGGUGCUAUCUAAGGACUCCAAAGUAAAAGCUAUAGUUGAAACUCCAGCAAUGGGGCCUGGAGCAUUUUCUACAUUGUUUCCUUGGAAGUCUGGACUUGACUUCAAAGAAAGAAUGCUCAAAUAUUCAAGGACUGUGCAAUUGAUCACAAUUAUUAGGGACAAGGGUUCUGGACAGGUUAGGAGUGAGGGUAGGAUACAUUAUGAGUUAGAUGAAUCAGACAAAGAGAACAUCAAGGAUGGACUACAACAGGCACUGAGGAUUCUAGUAGCAGCAGGAGCUGUUGAAGUAGGUACCCACAGAAGCGAUGGACAGAGAAUUGAGUGUAAUGGGAAUAAUGAAAAGGAAGUGAAGAAGUUUGUGGAAUCAAUAUAUGCAACAGGAGGGUCAAUGUCACAUGAAGAAAAAUGGAGUAUUUAUAGUUCUGCACACCAAAUGGGGAGUUGUAAGAUGGGCAUGACUGAAAAGGAAGGUGCUGUUGAUGAGAAUGGGCAUAGUUGGGAAGCAGAAGGCCUGUUUGUGUGUGAUGCCAGUUUGCUACCAACUGCAGUUGGUGUUAAUCCCAUGAUAACUAUUCAGUCUACUGCAUAUUGUAUUGCAAAGGGAAUUGCAGCCUUUUUGAAAACAAAAUAA